GUAAGUUUCGUCUGCAGUGUUUCUGCUCUGAUGAAAUACUCGGAACUGAAGCACACGCACGUACCCGGGAUCACGAUAUAAUUGAACUUUUGGACCCAUGACAUCACUCAGAACAGGCUUGCUCAAUUAUGAUCUUUCUGCAAUGGUGGAAUUGAUUACAUUGUUUUUUCCCGAGGAUUUUAAAUUGUCGCUAAGUUUUCUUCAAACAGCAUCUGAACAACGAAAGUAUGGAGCAUUGAGUCUACAAGUAUCAACUUUGCCAUUAAAUCAUCAUGUCUAUGUCUAUUGUUGCCGUAGACGUCUAUAUGGGGCAUACCGUGUCAACCACGCUGUUAGUUUCUGGCUAGGUCCUUCAGCUCUCUUCACAAUUUUCCGAGAAACUUGCGCGCUUCCUGCAUCGUUUUUCUUCAUUUGUCGCCCAUUUUGCAAAGAGGUGUAUCCCACCGCCCCACCCGCUUUCUCAAUAACAUGUCCACAUGUGUUUACGCCUCUGAGAUUUUAG